CAGUUUUGUCUUAAAUAAUUUAAAGAAACAUUCAACACUAAUCAACUGUAUUCAACUAUUUCACCACACCUGAUAAGUGCUACCAACUUACAGAUAUUUACAAAAGAAACGUCAAAACAACUCUGACACUUCGUGGGUAUUUUCUAUUAGGCAAAUUAUAUAAAAGCAAAAUGCUGCGUUCAGCUACCGCACUGGUAAGCAAAGCGCCUAAGCUUAUGGCCACUGGCACAUACGGAAACCUUGCUGGGUCAGGUGCUUUCGGUCCGGCUCUUAACACAAUAUUAAAAAGAGAACAGCAGACAAUGCCUGUCGUAGAACCCGGAACAACAUUGCCGAAAAAAGGCUAUUCACCAUUCGGCACUAAACAGCCAAACUUAAUGGAAUGGUCAGUUGCACGUUUGGAUGAUUUGCUUAAUUGGGGUCGCAAAAGUUCUAUUUGGCCUAUGACUUUUGGUCUAGCAUGUUGUGCUGUAGAGAUGAUGCAUAUAGCUGCACCGCGGUAUGAUAUGGACAGAUAUGGCGUUGUUUUCCGUGCAUCUCCACGUCAGGCUGAUGUUAUUAUUGUAGCUGGAACCCUCACCAAUAAAAUGGCACCUGCUUUGCGCAAAGUCUACGAUCAAAUGCCCGAACCACGUUGGGUAAUUUCAAUGGGCAGUUGUGCCAAUGGUGGUGGUUACUAUCAUUACUCUUAUUCGGUCGUUCGAGGCUGUGAUCGUAUAAUACCCGUUGAUAUCUAUGUGCCAGGUUGCCCACCAACUGCAGAGGCGCUUAUGUACGGUGUACUACAAUUACAGAAGAAAGUUAAGCGUACGAGGACAUUGCAGAUGUGGUACAGGAAGUAAAAUAUAUUUAAUUAAAGUGAAUAGUUUGUGAAUAGACUAGAAGAAAUUAGAAGAAAAUGUGGUAGAAGAUUUAUAACUAAUAG